AUGGCCAGAGACUCAAUGGCAAUGGCAAACAGCAAAGCUGAUCCAUCUCUCUCUCCUCAGCUCUCCAGGGUGAUCACCUUGUGCGCCUACCGGGACGUUAGCGGCAUGUUCACCACGGAGAACCGGGUCAGCUGCUGCACCAGAGAAGACUCGCUCAGCCGGAACCCAUCGGAGGUGGAGACGGUGAUCCAGGAGCUCAGCAACACCAUGGACGACGAGGAGGAGAUGCUCUACGGAGACUCCAACGCUAACGCUGGACCUGCUAAAGAUGAACCUGGUUCUGGUUCCGGGACCGAGGGAAGUCCCGGGAAGACGGAGCCGAGUCACUGGUGUGUGAUCUGCAGGGAGAACGGAGUCAUGGAGGUGUACCAGCUGCCGGACUGGCGCCUGGUGUUCCUGGUGAAGAACUUCCCGGUGGGCCAGAGGGUUCUGGUGGACUCGUCGUCGGGUCAGUCGGCCUCCCAGGGCGGGGACUCUAAGAAGGAGGAGCUGACCCGGCAGGGAGAGAUCCCUCUGGUGAAGGAGGUGGUUCUGGUGUCGCUGGGACACAACCGGACCCGCCCCUACCUGCUGGUCCACGUGGAGCACGAACUCCUGAUCUACGAAGCUUUCACCUACGACCAGCAGCAGCCGCAGAACAACCUGAAAGUCCGAUUCAAGAAGGUUCCCCACAACAUCAACUUCAGGGAGAAGAAGACGAAGCUGAAGAAGGACAAGAAGGGCGAAGGCGGCGAGGACUCGGGGGUCAGAGGUCGCAUCGCCAGGUUCCGCUACUUCGAGGACAUUUCCGGCUACUCGGGGGUCUUCAUCUGCGGCCCGUCGCCACACUGGAUGCUAAUCACCUCCCGCGGCGCCAUGAGGCUCCACCCCAUGACCAUCGACGGCCCCAUCGAGUCCUUCUCCCCCUUCCACAACAUCAACUGCCCCAAGGGCUUCCUCUACUUCAAUAAACAGGGGGAGCUGAGGAUCUCCGUCCUCCCCACCUACCUGUCCUACGACGCCCCCUGGCCCGUGAGGAAGAUCCCGCUCCGCUGCACCGUCCACUACGUCUCCUACCACGUGGAGUCCAAGGUUUACGCCGUCUGCACCAGCGUGAAGGAGCCGUGCACUCGGAUCCCCCGCAUGACCGGAGAGGAGAAGGAGUUCGAGACCAUCGAGAGAGACGAUCGUUACAUCAACCCUCAGCAGGAGAAGUUCUCCAUCCAGCUCAUCUCCCCGGUGAGCUGGGAGGCCAUUCCUAACGCCCGCAUGGACCUGGAGGAGUGGGAACACGUCACCUGCAUGAAGACGGUGGCUCUGCGGAGCCAGGAGACGGUGUCGGGCCUGAAGGGCUACAUCGCUGCAGGAACCUGCGUCAUGCAGGGGGAGGAGGUCACCUGCAGGGGGAGGAUCCUGCUCCUGGACGUGAUUGAGGUGGUUCCAGAACCGGGUCAACCCCUCACCAAGAACAAGUUCAAGAUUCUGUACGAGAAGGAGCAGAAAGGACCGGUGACGGCGCUGUGUCACUGCCACGGAUACCUGGUGUCGGCCAUCGGCCAGAAGAUCUUCCUGUGGGCCCUGAAGGACCAGGACUUGACGGGGAUGGCGUUCAUCGACACGCAGCUCUACAUCCACCAGAUGAUCAGCAUCAAGAACUUCAUCCUGGCGGCCGACGUGAUGAAGAGCAUCUCGCUGCUACGCUACCAGGAGGAGAGCAAGACGCUAUCGCUAGUUAGCAGGGACGCAAAGCCGCUGGAGGUUUACAGCAUUGAGUUCAUGGUGGACAACAACCAGCUGGGCUUUCUGGUGUCGGAUCGAGACAAGAACCUGUUUGUGUACAUGUACUUACCUGAAGCUAAGGAGAGUUUUGGCGGGAUGCGUCUGCUCCGCCGCGCCGACUUCAACGCGGCCGCUAACAUCAACGCCCUGUGGAGGAUGCCCUGCCGGGGAGCCCUGGAGCAAGGCAGCAAGAAGAGCCUGACCUGGGACAACAAGCACAUCACCUGGUUCGCAACGCUGGACGGCGGCGUGGGCCUCCUCCUGCCGAUGCCGGAGAAAACGUACCGGCGGCUGCUGAUGCUGCAGAACGCUCUGACCACCAUGUUACCUCACCACGCCGGGCUCAACCCCAAGGCCUUCAGGAUGAUGCAGAGCGACCGGCGCAGCCUCCAGAACGCGGUGAGGAACAUCCUGGACGGAGAGCUGCUCAACAAGUACCUGUACCUGAGCAUGAUGGAGCGCAGCGAGCUGGCCAAGAAGAUCGGAACCACGCAGGACAUCAUCCUGGACGACCUGCUGGAGGUCGACAGAGUCACGGCUCAUUUCUGAGCACAGUUCUGGUCCCGACCCGGAGGACCUGGAUCUGGUUCUGGAUCUGG